UGUUCAGGCGUUUCGUUUGUAUACCGAACCGAGUUAUAUCGAUGCGUCCGUUGCCGCACGAUUUCACAUUGAGUUGCAAUCGCCAGCCGAUUCGCCGAGACGGAUGACAUCGCGAGCGAUUAGGAGUGAGAUAAAAGAUAAUCUCGUCUCGAAGGAGAAAAAAAGCGUGCUCCUUUCGCAUCAUCGCGGCGAAACGUUCAGAACACUCCGCCGCGAUACUCAUUUGGAGAGUGCGAAAUUCACACGAAUUGACGAAUCGACCUCGCGAAUCGACUCGAACGAGCGAGAGAAACGACGACGACGACGACGAAGAAGAAGAAGGGAGGAAUGACGCGCCCUGACAGAAUGCUCAUCGUGCGAGUUGUCACGUUCGACCAGCUCGACCUCGCGCAUUUUUUCGACGGUCGGCCACAAUCGUAAUUUAUGAAGCAAUAUCUUAUCUGAGGUAGUAAGACGCACUAAGACGCGCGGUAAACAAGUUCGCCCGAGUCCUCGCUAGUGUAUGGCGUGGCAACGCGAAGGGUAUACCUAGAGCACGCAUUCACCCGAAGUGUUAACUGAAGCAAGAUGCAUCACAUUAUCGAGCUGUUCAUGAACAGCGCUUUGCUAUGGAUAUUCCUACAGACCGCGAUGAACGUGCUGGUCACAGCGCUGUACGAGUUUUGCGUUCCCUGGAUUGUCUGGGGCUCGCUGAUUGUCUUGGUAGCGCUGAAAUUGGCCCGUGUCUCCCCCCCACCUCCCAGCACCGUGCAAGAGGUGCUCGGAGUGAAUCCGCUCCUCCAGCAGGGCAAAGAUAAUUCCUCUGUGCCUGAGAACCAUGGUAACGGAGAGCAAUAUUGCAUGCGAGUGGUGGCCCAUCGUGGUGGAGGAUACGAUUAUCCUGAGAACAGUUUGUUGGCUUUCCGAAACAGCAAAAGAAAGGGCUGCACUGCAGUGGAGCUUGAUUUACGAUUAACGAAGGAUAACAUUCCAAUAAUAUUUCAUGAUCCAACGAUCGAAAGACUCACUGGCCAGACAGGAACAAUUAGUGAUAUGACAUGGGAGGAAUUGAGGGAAUUUGAUAUAUCUUACAAUCAUCCGCUUAAGAACAAAUUUUCUGAAGGCGAGAGGAUUGCCUUGUUACAUGAUGCGCUUCAGGAAUGUUUGGAUAGAGAACAGAGAGUAAUUAUAGACAUUAAAGAAACAAGGCUGGAUGUUGUGCAGGUUGUUCUGGAUGCUUAUGAGAAAUAUCCAAAAUUGUUCCAGAGAGGCGUUGUGUCGAGUUUUAAUCCGAUUGUAGUAUACAUGAUUAGGAAGAAAGAACCGCGUAUUGUCUCGAGUCUCGCUUGGAGGCCGUUCUUUUUCUCGCGAGCAUCGUACGCCGGUCUGGAAGUGCCCGGUCCAGUACGAUUUCAUAAUCCAUUUAAACAUUUGGCAGCUUGCAUCUUAGAGAUUAUAUACGAAUGGCUGCUACCGCGCUUUAUUUACUAUAUCGUUGGCGUUUCCGCUGUAUUGUUGCACAAGGACAUAGUAAAUCCACGUAUAAUAGAACGAUGGCGUGAACGCAGUAUCCGCGUGAUGGCAUGGACAGUGAAUCGACCGUCGGAGAAAGUGCAUUUCUCGAGGUUCCUCAAAGUCACCUAUCUAACUGAUACGCUACAUUUAGAGAAGGACAUGUAGUUAAUGUCCGAUAUAUUUUUAUUCAGUAUUAAAUUUCAAAGACUUUUGUACCAUAUGCUGGCAUUAUGCACGUACAAAUUUUUCUACUUUCGAUUAUACCGAUUAUAACAUUAUAAUAUAUCAACUAUCUAGUCGGGUCGUAAAAAAAAUUGACAUUAACGACUUACAUUACUUUUAAACCUAAAUUAUAAGGCACUUAUUUUAUAUCUUGUACAAGGCACAUAUGUAUAUGUGCAAAUAGCGAUAAUAAAAUUAUUCGUUACAUUGAGGGGAUUUAAA